AUGGCAACCAAAGCAGCUGCCAGUAACUCGAUGGACGUCUCUUAUUUUGAAAAAGAAGAUGAACGAUUAAAGCCAAUACUUUCUUGGACAAAACAAGAUGUCGCUGAGUGGAUAGGAAAAAUGGGGUUUCCUUAUUACCAGGAUUGUUUCAGAUGCAAUGAAAUUACUGGAAGGAAGCUGAUUUUGGUUGAUGCUUCAACACUAUGCAAAUUAGGCAUCACAGAUUAUAAACACAUCAAAUAUAUUGCCAAAGAGAUUCGAAAAUUGCUUAAAAUUGGUGAACCAAAGUGCAACGUUAGCAUUGCUGACAUCCCUAGAGAUAUAAAAGAAUUAUAUUUGGAGCAGAAAAGUCAGACUGGAAAGAGAGCAGAUAGUCUGAUAUUGAAAGAGUUCUGUGAAACAACACAAGAUGAAGUUUGGCAGCCACCAUUGUCAAAUAUUAUACAGAUUAUAACUCAUAAUGGAAAAGAUGACAUGCCUUAA